GUAGAUUAGCCACAUCAUUCCGUAACCCGUUUAAUCUGCUUUCGGACGUCUUGGCACCCGUCCGUAGAACCAAUAUAUUGGCCAAUGAAGAAAAACAAGAAGGAAGAAGGCUGACAGUGACAUAAGCUUGAAUUAUCCACCAAUUUUUCACCAUGUUUCGGAUGCGCCAUUUAUCUGAAUUUGUGAGAAGGAGCAGUGCGAAUGCCCAGUUAUCACUAACUCAUGCAAACAAGAGUUUUGUCAUAGUAAAACGCUGUAGCUCGUCUUUGGAAAAACUUCAUCCAAGACAUGACAACUUUAUUGAGAGACACAUAGGACCAAAUGAAGUUGAAAAGAAAGCGAUGUUAGAUUUUAUUGGCAUGAAGAACAUUGAUGAAUUGAUAAAGAAGUCUGUACCGGCCAACAUUUUACUGGACAGAGAGCUGACGUUAGACGAGCCACUAGGAGAGCUUGAAUUGAUUGAAAAGCUGGAACAAAUGGCAGACAGGAAUGAAGUUUGGAGGAGUUACAUAGGAAUUGGUUACUACAACACAUAUACCCCACACACAAUACUGAGAAAUAUUUUUGAAAACCCUGGAUGGACCACUCAGUACACCCCGUACCAGGCAGAGCUGGCCCAGGGCCGACUGGAGAGCCUCCUGAAUUAUCAAACAAUGGUGGUUGACAUGACGGGACUUCCCAUCGCUAACGCCUCCUUACUUGACGAGGCUACUGCUGCUGCUGAGGCUAUGGGGCUCUGUUACAGACACAACAAGAGACGGAAGUUUUACAUUGAUAAACACUGCCAUCCCCAGACUAUUGGUGUUGUAGAAACAAGAGCCAGUGCGCUGGGGAUUGAAGUGCUCCGGCUGGACUGGAAGGAGAUGGAUAUGUCUAACAGAGACAUCUCUGGAAUCCUGAUCCAGUAUCCAGACACAGACGGACAUGUCCACGACUACAUGGAGCUAGUGGACAACGCUCACGCAAAUGGAACCUUAGUGACCUGUGCUACUGACCUUUUAGCCCUGACAAUGCUGCGUCCCCCAGGGGAGAUUGGAGUUGAUAUUGCUGUGGGAUCCAGCCAACGAUUUGGAAUUCCCAUGGGAUAUGGAGGCCCUCACGCGGGGUUCUUCUCCACCAAGAAUGAAUUUCUCAGACUGAUGCCAGGAAGGAUGAUUGGUGUGACCAGAGAUGCCAACAAUAAAGAAGCCCUCAGGUUAGCUUUACAGACUCGUGAGCAACACAUCAGAAGAGACAAGGCCACCAGUAACAUCUGUACUGCCCAGGCUCUCUUGGCAAACAUGUCUGCCAUGUAUGCUGUGUAUCAUGGCCGACAAGGACUAAAACAUAUCGGCAGGAGAGUUCACAAUGCCACACUCAUCCUGGCAGAAGGUGUGAAAAAGGCUGGCCACGACUUAAAGACAAAGAAUUUCUUUGAUACCAUUAAAUUUGUGCCGAAAAAUGGCCAGAGUGAAAUUAUCCACCGGGCCAACAAACACAAGAUAAAUCUCAGAUAUUACUUAGAUGGCAGUAUUGCAAUAUCUCUGGAUGAAACAGUAGAGAGAGAAGAUUUGAGAGAACUAUUGACCAUUGUUGGUUGUAACACAACUAUGGAAGCUAUCGCGGAGGAACUUGGACCACAUCCUGCCACCAGUAUCGAGGAAACUGGCUUCAGGAGAACGUCGGACUUCCUGUCUCACCCCGUGUUUAACAAAUACCAUUCAGAAACUAACAUAGUGCGCUACAUGAAGCACCUUGAAAACAAAGACCUAUCAUUAGUUCACUCAAUGAUUCCUCUGGGGUCAUGUACCAUGAAGCUGAACAGCACAACAGAAAUGAUGCCCUGCUCCUGGAAGGAGUUUGCCAACAUCCACCCAUUUGUUCCCCUGGAGCAGACCCUAGGUUACAAACAGAUGUUUGAGGAGCUAGAGAGAGAUUUGUGUGAGAUAACGGGUUAUGACAAAAUCUCAUUCCAACCCAAUAGCGGAGCUCAGGGAGAGUAUGCUGGUCUCAGAGCUAUCAUGGCCUACCUCCAUGCAAAAGGGGAUGAUCAAAGAACUGUUUGCCUGAUUCCAACAUCUGCUCAUGGAACUAACCCAGCUAGUGCCCAGAUGGCAGGCAUGAAAAUUCAGCCAAUUAACGUAGAUAAAAAUGGUGCAAUCGACAUGAGACAUUUACGUGCAAUGUGUGAGAAGUACAAGGAUACCUUAGCCUGUCUGAUGAUAACUUAUCCGUCAACGAAUGGUGUCUUUGAUAAAGAAGUCAGGGAGAUAUGUGAUCUCAUUCACAGUCAUGGAGGUCAAGUGUACCUUGAUGGUGCCAAUAUGAAUGCUCAGGUAGGAGUGUGUCGACCAGCUGACUACGGCUCUGAUGUCUCCCAUUUGAAUCUCCACAAAACAUUCUGCAUUCCACACGGAGGGGGAGGCCCAGGGAUGGGACCUAUCGGAGUGAAGAAGCAUUUGGCCCCCUACCUCCCCACCCACCCAGUCAUCCCACCCUAUGGCACCACCGGACCAGAAGCCAAAUCAUUUGGUGUCGUGUCGGCAGCUCCUUUUGGAUCCAGUGCCAUUCUGCCCAUCUCUUGGGGAUAUAUUAAAAUGAUGGGUGCCAAGGGCUUAAGGCAUGCCUCAGAAAUUGCUAUACUGAAUGCUAACUAUAUGAGCAAACGAUUGGAUGGAUAUUACAAGACUUUAUAUAAGAAUGAAGAAGGUUGUGUUGCCCAUGAGUUCAUCAUUGACUGCAGGGAUUUCAAGAAAACUGCCGGCAUUGAGGUGAUGGAUAUUGCUAAAAGACUUCAGGAUUAUGGUUUCCACUCCCCCACCACCUCGUGGCCUGUCGUGGGAACCUUGAUGGUGGAACCCACGGAGUCAGAGGACAAAGAUGAACUGGACAGAUUCUGUGAUGCCUUAAUUGCUAUUAGACAGGAAAUAAAAGAUAUUGAAGAAGGAAGAUAUGAUUCUAAGAUGAAUCCAAUUAAGAUGGCCCCUCAUACACAAGCUGAAGUCAUGUCCUCUCAUUGGGAUCGUCCAUAUUCCAGAGAAGUGGCUGUCUUUCCAGCUCCCUUUGUGACGGCCACUACAAAGUUCUGGCCCACGGUGAGCCGCAUCGAUGACAUUUACGGCGAUCAGAACUUAGUGUGCACGUGUCCACCAAUGGAAAUGUAUUAUGAAUCCCCAUUUGUUGAUGAACUGGCAAAGCAGAAGGAAAAGAAGAAAGCAGCUGCCUGACUUUAGUGGAAAAAAGAAUUCCAGUUUUUAUAUAGAAGAAGAAAAAAAUUUGGAUGAUUAUUCACAGUUUGUUUUCUGAAGAAAAUGCUGUGAUUAAUACUUAACAUGAACAUCUACUCAUUUAGUGGCAUUUUUAAUUUUACAAAGUUUAUACAGUCAGUUCUUAUAUAAGAAAUUAAAUAAGAUGCUGUCCGAUAAUUCAUAGCAAAAGUGAUAAAGCCCCAUCUAAUUUAUUUAUUAAAUAAGCCCCAUAUAAUUAUUUUAUAUGUAAAAGUACAAGAUUAUUCAGGAAAGACUUUGAAUUUAGAGAAGAGAAGUACAUGAACAGUAUUGUACCAGUUCUGACAUACAAACUGUUAUUUGAUUAAUGCUUUAUUUAAUAUUUUUAAAAUAUCUAUGCAUAUACAUGUCUGCAGCUACUAGUACAUGUAUAAGGGCAAAUUUGGGGAAAAAAAAUUGGUGUCAGAGCUGAUUUGUGUUUAAGGACAAAGCGUCUUGUUUUGAUAUUUUGUUGUCUUUAGGAAUUUUCACAGUGGUUGAGAGCACUGCAUGGCCAUUGCAGUUUACAUACAUGUAUGUAAAAUAAAAAUACCAUGUAUUUUAUUGAUCUAUUAUGUAUGUGAGAGUUCAUAAAAUUAUUAUAUCAUUUUAUCAAAGAGAAAACUGUAAAUUUUAUUGUAUAAUGUACAUAUCAACCUCUCAUGUACUUAGAAACUUUGGUAUCUUGAACAUCAUGGAUAUGUCAAAGUUAGUUGGUAAUCCCAGCUACUUCCUCUUUUAUGUAUAUUUUUGCCUCAAUGUCUUAAAACUUCAAAUAUCCCAUACUUUUUUCUCCAUCCAAAAGAUUGACUUUGAAUAAAACCAGUGCUUAUGGACUCUGAGAAAGAUUGACUUGCUAAUGCAAUUUGAGAAAAGAUGAAAAUGCAAAUUUUUUUUUAAGUAUUUCACUUCAUGAAUUUUUUCACCCAACUGUAGAUAAUUUUAUUAAAUUGAAAAUAUUUAAAUAUAUUCUUGUUUUGUCAAAUUGAUCUGUUUGGUGCAAGAAUCUCCCUCAGUAUUUAGAUAUUUUGUUCACCUUAAAAAUGUUUCGAUUUUAUUACUACUUUUUUCCCUAAUUGUAGCUUUAUUUUCAAGUCCUAAUAUUAUACAUGUACAUGAAUUUCAUUUAUGUUUUCUGUUGAAAGGUAUUUUUCUUUACACCAUAAACCAUGUGUCUUUCUACAACUUGAAGUAUUUGUUUAUAAUAAUUGUAUGCAUUUGCAUGUUCCUUUAUAUGUUUAAUGAAAUGGGUAUUACGAUUUUAAUAAAAAAAAU